CCACGUGACGAUUUCAUUUCCAUUUCCAUUCAAGUACUUUGUCUUCAUCAUACAGCAAGAGCAAACCUUAAGUCUUUGUGAAGUGAUCGUGCCGUGAUGUGAAUUUAAGAAGGAUUUUAUUAUAUCUUAAAGUUUGAGUUGAAAUUUUCUUAUCUAGCUUUGGCUUAACAUAGCACAUAGCCAGCCAGCCUAACUUAGGCUAGGUCUACGUACUAAGUAGUCCUACUAACUAUCCAAAAUGGAAUCAGUCCAUCCUCCUCCCAACUUUAUACGGUUUUUAUUUUCAUCCAAACCAAAAUUUGACUGCUAUUUCGCAGUUAGAAGAGAAGGUCAGGAAGAACCAGAAAGGAUUGGAGCUGUCAAGUUGAUGUUGAUGGCUCACAGUGAAGUUUUCAGACUAGAAUUAGAAGACAGUAAAUUGGCUGAGAAGAAAGAUGUUCCUAUCAAAGACAUCCAUCCUGAAACCUUCAGGGGAAUGUUGAGAUAUGUUUAUGGCUAUGACACUACUGCUACAAUGGAAUUUGAUGAGGCUGAUAAUUUACUGUAUGUUGCGGAGAAGUAUUUGAUGAAACCUUUGAAAGACAGCCUGGCUGCUAGACUGAUGACUCUUUUGAACACAGACAACAUUUGUUCCCUGAUGAACAACCCUGCGUGUUACACUCAUCUGGAGUUGGACUCGGCCAUUACCAAGAUUUUGAGAUUUGAGACGGAUCAAGUGUUAGCAAGCCCAGAGUUUUUGUCGAUGAAUUCUGACGGUUUCCUCAAGAUUUUGGAACAGGACGAACUUGUUGUUCCAGAAAUAGAAUUGUGGAGAGCAGCGAUUAAAUGGGGCAAACACAGAGCUGACUCUGAAGAUGGACAGCUGGUCCGCCAACAACUCUCAGGGUUGAUUCAACAGUUAAGACCUGACUCAUUGACUCCAGAAGACAAACUGGAAGUAAUUUCUUCAGGUGUUUUAAACACAGAAGAAGUUCUGAGUAUAAGUCGUUAUCGGAAUAAAAAGAAAACCCCUCCAACUCUUGGCGAGUUUUCAAAUGAGACUAAACGAAGGAAAGUGAACAAAAUAAAGUCUGUUCUUGGUCAACUGGACAUGAUGAUGUUCGAUGGGACAAUUCUUGAAGUACAUGAACAAGUUUACAUUUUUGACCUGACUACCCAAAGACAUACAAUUGAGCUGUUACCACUACAGUGUGAAUCACAUGACCAUACACCAGGGGACCCUGUAGGUUGGACAUAUGAAGUGAGCUGUUCAACAACAAUAACUGAGUGGACCAACAAAAAUGAGCAAGAACCUCCAGUAACCUUGGAUAACUUCAGUAAGCAUGUCAAGUAUGGGGUGAAGUUUCAGAUUCCUCUAGCUGUUGAUGGGAGAAACAUAACCUUGAAGCCAGACACCAAGUACUCUGUCAAGAUGGAGGUGAUUGGAGGUCACAAGUUAAGAUACACAAGUCCUGAAGAGUCCAACGUCGAAAGUGAUCACAUGAUUCUAACAAUAAGCAGACAUCAUGGAAGUUACGACUUUCUCUCAGACAAGUUGAGGUACAGAGCAACAACAGAGGAAUAAUGACACUCUAGAAACAACACUAAGGAGCUGUUGGGUUUUAAAUUCCAUUUAAGUGCAGCAAAUGCAUAUCUUGUUAUGGUUUUCUUGUAUUUUCAUUUUACUCUGAUCAUUAUGGAACUUAUGUGCUGUUUUAAAAAUUCUUCCCAUACAAAUUUAAAUAAAAAAUGUAAAUUUAAUUGAAGUACAUUUGGUUAUCAGAAUACAGUAUGUGUAGUAAAGGACAAACAUGCAAUUUUCAACAGAUUUUUAGUUUUUUUAUAUGUUUCUGGAAUGCUGCUGUAGUAGUGUAGUAGUGGAAAAUCAAGAACCUUGUCAUUAAAGUGAAUUAUAAAACCUUUUUAUUUGUCAUGUGUCAUGUGUAUAUAAUUAUCUGUACCUAUCAAA